AUGUAUCAUUCUCCCUCAUUAUCAUCAUGGAGCCAGGCCACAAUUCACGAGAUUUUCAAACAGACUUGGACAGCUGAUCGAUUGUCCUCCUUGGAAGCUACUUCUGAACCCCCUCCAAAAAUCAACGAUGCUGCUCUUCAUCUGAGUGUUGAAUACCUCAGACUCUUCACAAUCGAAUUAAUUCAUCGAGCAAACGAAGCGGCAGGAGGAUCAGAAGACAAGGGAAACUCUAAAGACAAAGAUGAAACGGAUUCAGAGUACUUGAUCGAGGUGAGACAUCUACAGAAAGUUGCGCCGGGCGUAUUGCUGGACUUCUAA